UCAUGCAUAUUCCAGGAUUAUUUCAGCCUCCAACGAAUGGAAAUUAAUAUAGACUUUACAUAUUGUGUAUGCUGCGCCAACCUUGAUCCACGUUCCACCAGUUGAAACAUUGGCAGUACAAAAAACGCAUAAUUGAUUGCGCAGAGACAUAGGAAGGACAUCAUAUUAUUUCGUCAGACAAUGUUGAAUUAAAGUCAACUAUCUAAGAUGCGCAUACAUAUUCAGUCAAAUUGUGCGGUCAACGCUGAGGAGAAAAAUAAGGAUCUUGGGUAGAUCUAUUCACAACGCAAUACAAGCCGUACCACUCACAAGAUACAAAGGGAUUCGUGCCUUUCCACCGAUUCCCCGGCGCGCAUGCUACAGAGAGAGAUCUCGGUUGAAAUGGAUGUAUCUGAUGUUUUGCAGUUCAGUUUAUUACACUUUUCCCAUAUGAAAUUAUUACUUUUCUUUGAUUCCAUUCCACAAUGAGAGACCAAGAUUCGCUGUGAGAAAUACAAGAACCCGCUUUUUUGUCGCGCUGAUCGUCACGUUGCAGGCGUGAAUGAGACAGUUUGUGCAAUUCAUUGCCAGGUAUUUGGAGCUAAAGACCGCCGUGGCUCUACUUUGAGGAUUUUACAGCGGGGAAAAAGGAAAGAAAAUCACAGAUUCCACAUCACCAUAGGACAGGAUGGUAAACAGCGGAAGGUAGUUGGAAUGCUUUCGCAUUGACAAGGUUCAACAUGAUGACACCCCAUACCGGCACCAUACUUCAGUGAGCUGGGGCACCUUCUCCCUCGAAAAUGCAUAUCUGGAUACUGAAAAUAAUCCUCCUGAUCGCAGCAUCUCUGAGUCUGGUCGAGAUGUACGACAAUUACGGGGAGAUCUGUAGGAAUCUAUGUACAUGCGAAGAGAAGGAAGGGAUACUGACGGUAAGCUGUGAGAAUAGAGGGAUCAUCCGACUGACAGAAAUAAGCCCGGUGCAUUUUUCAAUGUACCACCUUCUGCUGACAGGGAACCUCUUAAAGAAACUGUCCCUCAACGACUUCAUCAACUACACUGGGGCGACCAUAUUGCAUUUAGGCAACAAUGCUAUCGAUGAAGUGGAAACGGGUGCUUUCAACGGACUCCAGGGAUUAAAGAGAUUGCACUUGAACAACAACAAGAUAGACGUCCUAAGGGAUGAUACGUUUGUCGGCCUGGAGAGUUUGGAAUACCUUCAGAUUGAUUACAAUUACAUCACCAAUAUAGAGCCUAAUGCCCUGAGUAAACUGCAUCAGCUCACAGUUCUCAUUUUGAAUGACAAUUUGCUCUCUGCUCUGCCUACCAACAUUUUCCGGAAUGUUCCCUUGACACAUCUGGACCUCAGGGGCAACCGGUUGAAAAUGUUUCCUUACAUUGGGCUCCUGGAGCACAUGGACAAAGUGGUGGAAUUACAACUUGAGGAGAACCCGUGGAAUUGCUCAUGUGAGCUCAUUGCCCUGAAAGCUUGGCUGGAGAGCAUAUCGUACACAGCUUUGGUGGGGGAGGUGGUAUGUGAGACACCGUUCAGACUGCAUGGCAGAGACCUGGACGAGGUCUCCAAACAGGAGCUGUGCCCCCGCCGAGCAAUCUCUGAAUAUGAAAUGCGCCCCCCUCCCCCACUCAGCACCAAUGGAUAUUUCCAAACCACGCCAGCUUCGGUGACAGCCUCAGCCACCUCGUCAAAUGCUUUCAAGGCAUCGUCAAGGCCUACCAAGGGCACCCGUCAAUCAAACCGAACCAGGUCAAAGCCCACCUCCCGGAUUCCAGCUAACCCUUACAACUAUGGCCCCAUCAUUGCUUAUCAGACCAAAUCUCCUGUGCCUUUGGACUGUCCCACCACCUGUACAUGUAAUCUGCAGAUUGCUGAUCUUGGACUAAACGUCAACUGCCAGGAGAGAAAGAUUGAGAACAUAUCUGACCUGAAGCCCAAGCCAUACAAUCCCAAAAAAAUGUAUCUCACGGGGAAUUACAUUCCUGUGGUACGCAGAUCUGAUUUCUUGGAGGCUACCGGAUUGGAUUUGCUUCACCUAGGAAACAAUAGGAUAUCCCUCAUACAAGACAGAGCUUUUGGGGAUUUAACCAACCUGCGUAGGCUGUAUUUAAAUGGUAAUCUAAUCGACAGGCUUACAGCAGAGAUGUUUUUUGGCCUGCAGAGUUUGCAGUAUCUCUACUUAGAAUACAACAAAAUCCGUGAGAUUGUAGGGGGCACGUUCCGGUUUGUGCCAAACCUUCAGCUGCUUUUCCUCAACAAUAACCUUCUGAAAACCUUACCAGCGGGAAUCUUUACUGGGCUGUCCCUCUCUAGACUUAAUCUCCGCAGUAACCACUUCCAAAACCUGCCUGUGAGCGGUGUGUUAGAUCAGUUAAAAUUGCUGUUGCAGAUAGAUCUGAUUGAGAACCCGUGGGAUUGCUCGUGUGACGUCGUCGGCAUGAAGAUAUGGCUCGAGCAGCUCAGUGCUGGCACCGUUGUUAAUGAGGUUAAAUGCGAGACACCCAAACGUCACAGCGGGAUUGAUAUGCGUUCCAUUCAGUCUGAACAGCUGUGUCCAGAUUACUCUGACGUAGUCGUCUCAACAGCGCCCCCCUCUGACGAGCCUCUGCCGGACAGAGCCACCACCACAGAGACCUACCAGAGAUCUAACCCCACUAGCAGCGUCGUCCCUCUCUCUGUCCUCAUCCUCAGCCUGCUGCUCGUGUUCAUCAUGUCCGUUUUUGUGGCGGCGGGGCUGUUUGUUGUCGUGGUGAAAAAGCGUAAAAAGUCCCAGAGCGACCGCACCAGCACCAACAACUCUGACGUGAGCUCGUUUAACUUGCAGUACAGCCUUUACAGUAAUAACCGAACCGUCCCCAAAGUCAAAGCCCCCGCCGGACACGUGUAUGAGUACAUCCCUCACCCUAUGGGCCACAUGUGCAAAAAUCCCAUUUACAGGUCCAGGGAAGGCAACACAGUUGAGGAUUACCGCGACCUCCAUGAAUUGAAGGUGACUUAUAGGAGCGAUGUGGAUGAGGAGAGGAACAGCAACAUGAGAAGUCCCACUUAUAGCGUGAGCACUAUUGAGCCUCGCGAGGACCCCUCCCCUGCAGAGAAUGCUGAGCACUUCUUCAGGGGCAUCAUAGAGGCGGACAACCAAUCCCCCUCCGGUAACAGUCUAGAAUACAAGUACACUGGCCCUGUCUCGUACACGUACAACCCAAACUUUGAUGUUAGACGCCAGUUCUUACACCCAGAGAGGAUACGAGAAACAGUGCUUUAUGGCACAGCGCCGAGUACUGUUUACGUGGAGCCCAACAGAAAUGAAUAUUUGGAACUAAAAGCGAAACUUCAAGUCGAGCCGGACUACCUCGAAGUUCUUGAGAAACAGACCACUUUCAGUCAGUUUUGAGCAUCAGAUUUGUCCAUAUAUGAAGGAUUUCCCCCCUUAAACCCACUGGCUCAAUAUUGAGGGUGCCUUGGCACGACACAUCAACAAAAUAAGCAUUAAACGGGGUGUGCCAAACUCUAUUAUUCUUAUUUCUUAAUUACAUGACAUUGCAGGAACUGAAAGUCUCUCUGAACCCAACUGGACGAAUACACAAGUUGUUCUACUUAACUGGUGAUUCAGAAUCUAUUUUUAUAUGGUGAAGAUUGAAUACACAUACAUGUAAGUGUACAGGUCAACUUACGCAACUACAUUUUCAGGAAUAUAACCAUACAUAUAUUGUGAAUCACAAAAAUGUUUAUAAAUCACCAUCUGAUGAAAAAACACUGUACGGCAGUGUCUCCAUCAAACUGCGCAGGACAAUUCUCUGCUUUAGUCUGUAAAGUAAGUAUUUAUUGGAGUACUCUGCCAUGUAUUUUCAAACAUUUUGAUUCUUCAUCAAUAUUACCUGUGUCAUAAUUCCAUGAUCCUCUGUAAACGUUUAUGUUUGUAAGUUCCAUAUCAUUUACUGUAGCUCGCAUUGUAAAAGUGGCUUUUUUUUUAAUGGUGGCACACCCCCAAUGUUAAAGAAAGACUGCGUCAUUUAAAGAAGAAAAGAAGUUGUCUUUGUAUGCUUUCUGCACUUUUUGGAGUUGGAAGGCAAGUGGGCCUUUAAACAGCUAUCAUUAGGAUGAUUACUAUUAAAAAUGAAUACGUGCAUUCAUUCUUAAUAUGUAUUCUUGAUAUGUUAUCAAAUUCAUGAAUAAUAAUUGAAAUAAUAAUUAUGUUGUGUAAUACUGAUAUUUUAAUGUAACACCUAUUUUUAUACAAGCAUUCGCAAUUCUCUUUCCCUCAUCAAUUUCAUUCGUUUUAAUUGCUUUGCACUUAUUGCACUAUAUUGACCAAAAUAUGUUAAUGUCAUCAAUAAAUAUGAUGUCAGGUUCAUCUAUGUUGUUGUGGGGAAUAUGAAAGGCUAUCAUUAGAUAAUUCACGGAGGCAGAUGCACGUAACAUGUACCAGUCAAGAGAAGUAUGUGUUUCAAUCGGAUUUUGAUCAAUAUGCUUCAAUCAAAGAUCCCGUGAGGGAGUCCUCAUAAUCACGGUGGUUCCAAUUGCAAACAUCAACAAUUGUGCAGAUCAUCUUCUGAUAGGGUUAAAAACACAUUACAUCACAGGCACCAAAAAAUACAUAUGAAAGUGUUCCUUUCAAGCCUCCAGGGCCCUAUUCCAGAAGGGGUGCACGUGAGCCUUUUUAUAGCGGCCCAAAAUGAAAGCAGCAUUUUAGAGAACAGAAGGGCCCGAAACUCAGUGUAUCUGUCGAUAUGUCAUAGCCGUCACAGGAGGUGAAUCAUAGCCAAGUGUCCACAGGCUAACGAUGGAGGCCCGAUCCUGUCAUGGGCUGAAACGAUGUAACCUAGGCUGUUGACAGUUUUGGGGUAAAUUAUGUGCCAGUGUAACUCAUUUGGGAAGUGACACAAAAUCUAAACAUUUCACUUCCAGCACCCUCAGCCAAAAGCUGCAUGUUGUUGUGCGUGUGUUAUUAGCCAAUACUGAGAAUCUGACCUAGCUGGUUUACUGCUGUGCUGCAGUUUCAUUUCCUGGUAUUUGUGUUUCACCUUGGUAAACAACUGCAGUGACCAUAGAAAUCCUUGCUUGGGAAAAUAAAUGAUUUCAGGUGUGAAUCAUAAUAUGGCGUUAGUAUAGGGAUGUGUGUUCGAUGUUUGUGCUUAUGUACACAAUUGUGUGUCUACACUGACAUGUGCUUCUUUGUGAUUUCAUAAUCUACCCAUCUCAUCUGUUGAGUGAACCUGGUGGUGGGGGGGUUCAUGCUCCUAUUUUCAAGCCAGAAGCCAGCCCCAAUGUUGCCAUGACCCUGAGCAGGGUAGACGACUCCUGGCUAAUGGAUGCAUGAAUUAGCCAUGUCCCACUGCAGGAGGUUGCCAUGAGAACCCUCUAACCUGACAAAUAAUGCUUUUAAUAAGCCAAUAGGGGUCCUCUGUGGGGCUCCAUGUGGAAGGGCAGAAUGGUUUAAUUCGCCUCCCUGGAUUAUUUCACUUAGCUCAUUUGGAGGGGCCAAAGGAGGGAACAUCUCUGCUGUAAACCUGGUGUGCUGCAGUGCAGGGCCGAGAGGACAUGUGAGGAGGACGCUCUGCCACAGCGUCAUGAUGAUGUGAGCAAUUGAGUUCAAGGAGAUUUGGGUAAUUGAGAAGGCAGAGAUGAGAUCUGACAGGCACCAAUGAGUCUGAUGAUUGCUUUAAUCAUGAUAGUUAAUGGAAUUCCUCCAGGCAUGUAAAAGCGCUCCAAUGUUCAUCAACACAUUAAGAUUCCUUGUCCCUCACCUCUGUAAUUACAGAUCAACGUUUUUUUGUGUGUGUGUUAUUCUCACCGGUUUUAAUGAAUGUUUUGUUUAUUGUAUUAUUUGAGUCAAUAUGUCUGAUACUAUUUCACAUUUUGCAAACAGGCUCACAAUGCGAGAAAAUGUGUUUUUAACCUGGUUUGUAACCUUUCAAUGGUUUUCAUGGGCAUCCAGAAAGAAACUAUAACUUAUUAUUCAAAGCAAGGGUAAAGCAUAAUUUCCAUUUGGCAUUUUGACCUUCAACAUAUUGCAGUUUAGAGAAUAUUAGUGUGAUUUGAUUAACAAAGCAGCCUAUUUCUCAAGUACCUGUGGUAAAGAUUCCUAAGGGAUGUUGUCUAAUGUUAAUUCACCCGUCUCCCCAAUCUAUUGUUUUCCCGGGCUACAUGAAAAGUAGUAUAAUAUGGUAAUGAAAUAUGUUAUAACAGUAUACUGGAAAAGGACAGUAAUAAAAGCAUGUAUGUAUACUCCACAUUCCUGUGGU